ACAUUCCAAGCUGUUGCUGACAUCAUGAAAAAUGUUGGACAAAGACUCGAAAAGAUCACGGAAAUGAUCAAAGAAUUAUAUGAGAAAACAGCACACUUGUUAAAUACUCAGAUAAUUCCGCAAUUACGCGAAUCCUACUUGAAAAUUACCGCUGUUGCCACUGAUUUCAUGCAAACUCUCUUCAACUAUGCCACUGAGUACUUAAUGAAAUUCACUGACUGGGUUAAGAGCCACCAGGAAGAUUUCAACAAACUUGCAGCAACAGUAUCUGAUUUCUUAAAAGAUUUUGGUAAAAUCGUCAACCGUGGACUUAUUCAAUUCAAACAUGAACUAGAAGAUUUCAUUAAAGUCGCCUACGAGCAAUUAAAAUCAAUUCCAGUUAUCUCUACAUUGAAAGAAAAAUACGAAGAGGUAAGCCAAUAA